AUGCCUCCUCGCCGCGCCCAGGCGCCCGGUGCGCAGCUGCUGCCCGCGCUCGCCGUACCGCUGCUCCUGCUGCUGUGCUCCGAGCCUCGCGGCGGCUGCCUGGCCAGCCCGGUACCCGCCGCGCCCCAGUCCGCACCCGGGCCGUGCGCGGCGCAGCCCUGCCGCCACGGGGGUGUGUGCACUCCGCGCCCCGCGCCCGGCACGCAGCACUCUGGCCCCGCAGGCGAGCCCGGCUACACCUGCACCUGUCCUGCCGGGUUCUCCGGAGCCGACUGCCAGCUUGUUGCGGAUCCUUGUGCCAGCAACCCUUGUCACCAUGGCAACUGCAGCAGCAGCGGCGGCAGCAGCAAUGAUGGUUACCUCUGCAUUUGCACUGAAGGCUAUGAAGGUCGCCACUGUGAGCAGGUGCAGCCCAGCCUCCCGGCUUCGGGCUGGACUGAGUCCACGGCACCCCGGCAGCUCCAGCCUGUCCCUGCUACCCAGGAGCCUGACGUAACCCUGCCCCGCUCUCAGGCCACCGUGACACUGCCCACCUGGCAGCCAAAAACGGGCCAGAAAGUUGUGGAAAUGAAAUGGGAUCAAGUGGAGGUGAUCCCGGAUGUUGCCUGUGGGAAUGCCAGCUCCAACAGUUCGGCAGGUGGCCGCUUGGUAUCCUUUGAAGUGCCACAGAACACCUCAGUGAAAAUUCGACAAGAUGCUUCCACCUCCCUGAUUCUGCUGUGGAAGGUCACGGCCACGGGAUUCCAGCAGUGCUCGCUCAUCGACGGGCGCAGCGUGACCCCCCUGCAGGCCCCGGGGGGCCUGGUUCUCCUGGAAGAGAUGCUCACCUUGGGGCACAACCACUUCAUCGGUUUUGUGAAUGAUUCCGUUACUAAAUCCAUUGUGGCUUUGCGUUUAACUCUGGUGGUGAAGGCCAGCACCUGUGUGCCGAGGGAGAGCCACGCCAGCGACGUGCAGUGCUCAGGGAGAGGCAGGUGCACCACAAAGCCGUCAGAGGCAACGUUUUCCUGUACCUGCGAGGACCAGUACGUGGGCACUUUCUGUGAAGAGUUUGAUGCUUGCCAGAGGAAACCCUGCCAGAACAAUGGGAGCUGCAUUGAUGCCACUGAGAAGCAAGAUGGGAGCAAUUUCACAUGUGUCUGCCUCGCCGGUUACACUGGACAGCUUUGUGAAUCCAAGAUUGAUUAUUGUAUCCUGGACCCGUGCAGAAAUGGAGCCACCUGCGUUUCCAGUCUCAGUGGGUUCACCUGCCAGUGUCUAGAAGGCUACUUCGGAUCUGCUUGUGAAGAAAAGGUGGACCCGUGCGCCUCGUCCCCGUGCCAGAACAACGGGACCUGCUACGUGGAUGGGGUGCACUUUACCUGCAGCUGCAGCCCGGGCUUCACGGGACCCACCUGCGCCCAGCUUGUUGACUUCUGCGCCCUCAGCCCGUGUGCUCACGGCACGUGCCGCAGCGUGGGCACCAGCUACAAAUGCCUGUGUGAUCCAGGUUACCAUGGCCUCUACUGUGAAGAAGAAUACAACGAGUGCCUGUCUGCUCCUUGCCUGAACGCCGCCACCUGCAGGGACCUGGUUAAUGGCUAUGAGUGUGUGUGCCUGGCAGAAUACAAAGGGAUCCACUGUGAGCUGUACAAGGAUCCUUGUGCUAACAUCAGCUGUCUGAAUGGAGGCACCUGUGACAGUGAAGCCCUGAAUGGCACCUGUGUCUGCGCACCUGGCUUUACAGGUGACGAGUGCGACAUUGAUAUAAAUGAAUGUGACAGUAACCCCUGCCAUCAUGCCGGAACCUGCCUGGACCAGCCCAAUGGCUACACCUGCCACUGCCCACAUGGCUGGGUGGGAGCAAACUGUGAAAUCCACCUGCAGUGGAAGUCCGGGCACAUGGCAGAGAGCCUCACCAACAUGCCCCGGCACUCGCUGUACAUCAUCAUCGGAGCCCUCUGCGUCGCCUUCAUCCUCAUGCUGAUCAUCCUCAUCGUGGGGAUUUGCCGCAUCAGCCGCAUCGAGUACCAGGGCUCUUCCAGGCCCGCCUAUGAGGAGUUCUACAACUGCCGCAGCAUCGACAGCGAGUUCAGCAAUGCCAUCGCCUCCAUCCGGCACGCCAGAUUUGGAAAGAAAUCCCGGCCUGCGAUGUAUGAUGUGACCCCUAUCGCCUAUGAGGAUUACAGUCCGGAUGACAAGCCCUUGGUCACACUGAUUAAAACAAAGGAUUUGUAAUUUUUUUUGGAUUAUUUUUCAAAAAGAUGGGAUACUACACUCAUUUAAAUAUUUUUAAGAAAAUAAAAAGCUUAAGAAAUUUAAAAUGUUAGCUGCUCAAGAGUUUUCGGUAGAAUAUUUAAGAACUAAUUUUCUGCAGCUUUUAGUUUGAGAAAAAUAUUUUAAAAAUACAGAAUUUGUGAAUUCCAUAUACUACAUUUUAAUGUACUUCCAGCUCUCUAAACUGUAUGCUUCUACUAGUGUGUGCUGUUUUCAUGGUAGACACUAUCACAAAACCCAGAUGAAGUUCUGUGGUUGUUACAGAGUAAGUCUAAUCAAAAAGUUUCUGUUGAUGUCCGAGUGCUGGCUUUCCGAGUAGAGUUAGAAGAACAUGUAAGUAGAGUAUGAUGCAUAAUACAGUAUACCCGUUACUUAAAAAGAAGUCUGAAAUGUUUGUUUUGUGAAAAAGACACUAGUUACAUUUAUUAUUCCUAACCCGAAUGAAAUUAGCCUCUGCCUUAUUCGGUGCAUGGGUACGUGAUUUAUUUCUGCAUUGUUUGGUUGAACUUUGCAGACCACUCUUUCGAGUUUGUUUUUGUCAUUUGUGUAACAGUCUUCAAACUAGGCCUUGAAAACAUCCACAAUGAAAAGGCCUAGUGAGGCAAAUUACAAUUGAGUUCAGUCUCUAUUUUUUCUUUAAAAAAUCAGGUUUUUAUAUUGUGAGUAAAUUGAAUUUACAUUUGAGUUGUCUGUUACUAAGAGGUAGUCAAUGUAAGAGAGUACUGGUUCCUUCAGUAGUGAGAAUUUCUCAUAGUGCAUCUUUAUUUAUAUCCAGGACAUUCUUGUGGCUGUAUUUGAUUGAUAUGUGCUUCUUCUGAUUCUUGCUAAUUUCAGAGAAUAUUGAAUAAAUGUUAUCAAGUCA